AUGCCUUGUAAAUGUACCGGAAUCAAGGGGGCGAAUGACAAAUGUAGUUUGAAUGCGUCUUUGGACAUACAAAACCGCGGGCCGAAUCGAAUUGUAGAACUGAACGAACCGAAAUGCAAACAGAAAGUAAUCGUUCAUCGCUGUAACAUUUUCACGCGAACAGCAGAAAAUAUUUAUGAUAAAUGCGCUUCGUAUAAUUUAAGAUACUGCCCCUUUGGCCGUUUUGUCAAGUCCAACAAUCAUUUGGUCAACGUUUCCAAAGACGUGUUGAUCUUAUUGUGUUUCCUCAUUGCAAAUUUCAUUGUUUUGAUGAUAAUUAUCUUUAAUAUCAGCUGCGAUGUCUAUUUUGGUAUUAAGCAGGCUGCUACUCGGAGAAGUGCAGUCUUAACAUAUCGGAAGUUCAUCCACUAG